AUGCAACAACAGCAGCCCGACUCAAUCUUACAGGCUUUGCGCACGAACCACACACCGUGCGGCCGAGACUACAGAAGGGUGUUUCUCAGGCUGACUCAUACGAUCGAAAUCUGCAUCCAGCUGAUUUCUUUCAAGCCAGGCAGGAGCAAAUCACACAACCUGCGCGAAGUAAUAAGGCUUGGAGUGCGACGGUCAUGCUUUCGACCGCAACUUUCACCCAAUGGAUUACCCAACGUUACUCCAGUUGCCUUUACUUGGCAUGCGAAUUGUUACCAUCUCACCGAACUCUGCACGCUGGUUCUGAUACGCGCUUGUCGCUGUCUUGUAUAUGCAGCAGCGAUGUAUGUCCUUGGCAGGCCCUCAGCAUCCCACACUCACAAGCGCCUGUGUCAGAGCAGAUCUGAGAAGCUUUAUCGAAAACCACAUAAGUCACCUCCUCUGAAUGAUACCUUGAGUCAGCCUUGGGAUGUCAUCAAUCCUGCCCAUUCAGCCAGACAAGGCCGAGCCUGA